GAAGCAGUGGAGAUGGAGGGCCCUGAAAGCUAAAAGGUUGCGGAGGGAGAGUGAGGAACAGAAGGACAGCCUGCCUUUUUCUCCUACCAUAAAUACACUGCUAUCCUUCCCUCGUUUCUCAUCAGCAGCGCUGCUUCUGAGACGAGCGUGGUGGUCGGAGGAGUUGGACAGCUUCUCGUCAUUCUAUCUCCUUCUUCUCUCAGUUUCAAUAACGUUAACCAAAGCCAAUUCACAAUCCUUGUUUGAGAUGUCGGUCUUGGUGCUGCAAACACCCUUUCAAAUGACGAAGUAUGAAUGGCCGGUGGCGGAGGAGCGAUACGAGAGUAAAGAUGAUGCUGUGAUGGCCGUGGAAGACGAUGAGGAGCGGCCCGGGCAACUCGACAUAUGGAGAGCCAUCCAGGCGCAGAAGGCUGCCACCGAUUCGCCGGCUCCUUAUGUUCAUCCUCUGGUGACGCGGUCUUCGAGCUCGCUGAGCCAGAAGAGCCUCCAGACGUGCACGGAGAGCCUGGGGUCGGAGACCGGCUCCGACGACUUCUCCUCGUUCCUCGACGAGCUUGAUGUCGAUUACUUGCCGAUGGUUGUGACGGAGAGAGAAGAAGAAAACCAUGACGUGCACGGCAAGCUCGUGAUCAUUGAGGAACGACGAGUGUGGCGAAACAGAGAAGCAGAGGAGCGCGAAGUGCCGCAACGCAAAGGGAAGGAGCUGACGUCAGUGAACUACCACGGCUCCGUUGGCAGGAGAUCAGUCCCGAGGCUGUUCCCUCCGCCAUUGCCGUCCAUCUGCCGCCGCGACGGCGGGCCUUGCCUGCACAUGAGGCCCCGUCGCCGGGAAGGCCGACUUCUCGUCGAGGCUGUCAGUGUACCCUCCAAGAACUACCUCCACGCGCAGCGCGAGGGUGGCCGCCUCCUCCUGUCCUUCAUCGACGCCACCUUCCACGACCCCUCCUCCGACAGCACAGAACCAGGACAACCACAAGAACAAAAUCGAACUGUUGACGAAGAAUUGAAUGAAACCAAAGAAAAUGAAGUAGCAGAGAUCGCACGGUUAGAAGAGGAAGAUGAAGGGGAAGAGAACUGCUACGAGGAAGGGGAAGACGAAGAGGAGGAAGAAGAGGAAGUGGAAGUAGUCGACAGGGGCACCGUCAUCGAGGUCACAGUGAGCACACAACCCCAGCAACCGAGCGGCGGCGCCAUGAAGGUCCUCCGCUCUUCCCUUGUCAUCAACAAGUUCGUCGGCUGCAAUCGACCGAGCAGCAACGCCAGGGUCGACCUUCCGCCGGAAUCCGAAACCACCAAAACCAGACUCAACAACCAAGAUCAAGCUCCGACAGCAGCUUCAGUCAUGCGACGGCCCCCGCCAACAACCGCCACAGCAGCGGCUGCAGUGGUGCUAGCCUCUGUCCUCAGCGGAGAUCAAGAUGAACACAGCUUCGACGGAGCACCACACAGCCACCUGCCUCCGGACAACAAGCUGCUGUUCAUCUCGAGGCGGUGGAACCGGGAGGAGCUGCUGCACAGCAUGAGCAGGUGCAGCCAGCUGCGCAGGCCAUUGUUCAUCUGGGAGCCCUGCUGCAUCGUCACUUCCUCUUCCUGAGUCACAGCCCUCCAUGAAUCCAUCCUACCUUACCUCAUGUCAUCUGCCUAUUCAUCCAUCUAUCUAUCUACCUACCUAUUUAAGUUGAUAUUGUGGUCAUUAACAUAGUAAGGUCGUCAGGGCAAUAAGGCAGAGCGUGUCAAAAGCCUCACUGUUGGGGUUCCUUUGCAUCAGCAGGUCUGUCUGCUGCUUUUUGACAUCGAUGUCUCUGUUUUUUUUGGCUCAGUGGUGGCAUGUUGACGACACGACAAUGGACGAUUUGGUAUCACUGUGAUUAGA